UGGCGCCAGCGUGAAUGCCGCGUGUCGCGGUGCAGUCAAAUUAAUGAACGUGUAUGUGUAUACGUACAUAGAGGUGGCACAUUUCCGUCUAUGUUACAGGCUCUCGCGGCCGGUGCGCGACGUUGUAUCCGCGCGAUGUCCGCCGUCACGACGCAGAAGCCAGAGGUAGUGUUCAUCCUGGGUGGCCCGGGUGCCGGAAAGGGCACACUCUGCCACUACAUCGUCAAGCAUUACGGUUAUGCCCAUUUGUCGGCCGGCGAUUUGUUGCGCGAGGAACGCGCCAAGCCCGGCUCGGAGUAUGGCGAGCUCAUUGAGACGCAUAUCAGGAAUGGUACGAUCGUCCCCGUAGAGAUCACCUGCAGUCUCCUCGACCGCGCCAUGCAGACCUCAGAUAAUCCGCAUCACCGUUUUCUUAUUGACGGCUUCCCCAGGAAUCAGAAUAACAUUGACGGUUGGAACAAGAUGAUGUCCAAUAAAGUUAUCCUGAAGGGCGUAAUAUUUUGCGAAUGCAGUCAGGAAGUUUGUACUCAACGUUGUCUGAAUCGUGGUGCCAGUGGGAGUGGUCGCAGUGACGAUAAUGAGCAAUCUUUGGUCUUCCGUCAUCAAACUUACCUGAAACAUACCUUACCGAUAAUAGAGUUAUAUGAGAAGCAGGGUUUAGUUUAUAAAGUUAAUUCUAUGAAAACACCAGAGGAAGUGUUUCAAGAUGUUGCAGAAUUCUUUCCUAAGAUAGGAUGGUAAUAACAAUAGUUCUAAUGAUCACUUUUUAACAGUACAUUAUUGAUGGACAUUUUUUUAUUUUUCUUUUGUAGCGUAGAUAUUUUCAGACAUCACUAUUUUACAAGGUUUUUUCAUUUUGUAUAAAAUAUAACUUUUAUCAUGUAUGAUGUAUUUCGAAUUCAUAAAACACAUUGCAACUUAUAUAUUAAUUAAAUAUUUCUUUAUAGAUAUACAAUAAUUGCAGUGCGAAUGAUAAAAAAUGCUGUAAAUAUUCUGUCGGAAUUGUUAAUUGCGAUCAGUAAUGUAAAUUUUUUGAUAUGACGAAGUAUACAUAGUGCAAGCGUU